ACUCGAAAAGAGGAGGAGAAAACUCGUCACGGUGCCAGAAAGCUAAAAUCUCCGACGAUGAGCGAAACGGAAGCAACCGGCGUUACCGAUGAUUACUCUCCAGCGACUUCAAUCUCUGCUGAUGCGACGAUCGGGGCGGUUGAUUCGGUGGAGGAAGCCAUAGGAGGAGCAGAGAAAUGGGUGGAUGGUUUCCAGCGUACGGUGAAGGAAUCUACAGACUCCGCCAUUCGCUCUCUCCGCGAGAACUCCACCUCUCAGUUCCGAUCUAUACAGGAUUUAAUUCCACAUGCUCUGACUCAUUAUAAGACCUAUGAGAAUGCUUUCUUCAGCAAAGUUACAGAAGAAUUGGUAAACGCGAAGGAGCAUCCGGCUGCUUCUGCUGGGAUUGGUCUCGCUGCUGGUCUUGUUCUUAUGCGAGGCCCUAGAAGAUUCUUGUUUCGUCGUACACUAGGCAGAUUUCAGAGCGAAGAGGCGCAGUUCUUGAGAGCUGAGAAGCAUGUCCAGGAGCUGAACAUGUCUGUGGACUUGAUGAAAAAGGAGAGCAUGAAAUUACUUGAGAGGUCGGCUUUGGCAGAGAAGGAUAUGAAACGCGGUCUUUCUGAACUCAUGGACUCUGGAAACAAUAUACAUCGUCUUGCGAAGUCCGUCCACAAGGUUGAAUGCGAAGCUGCAGGUUUAAUGGAUGGACUGCGGCAAAUUCCUGGGAGGGAAGCUAUCAAGCUUAGAGCCGAAGUGGCUUCUAUGACUUCGCUCUUGAGACAGAAGAGGAUUGCGUUGAACAAAAGGAUCAUGGGGAUGUCUGAACUAGGAGUUCCCGUCUGAUAUACAAUACAAAACCACCAAGUCUUGAGUUUUUUUUGUAAGUUAUUUCGAGUAGAUUUUUCGUUAAUAAACAUCUAACUCUGUCUGAAUCCAAAUCCUUAGCUUGAUACAGAUUAUGUUUCUUUUCCUGAUAUUUGAGACCAUUGGCUUA